UUGUUGGUGGUAGGUUUCCGAAAGAGAAAACGAAGAAGCAUUUCCAGAAAUGGCAGGGAGAUUGAGCAGUGUGGCUUCCAAGAUCAUGGGCGGAAACGGAGUCGUCUCCCGUUCCGUCGCUUCGUCUCUUCGUCUCCGCGCCGGCAUGGGCCUUCCUGUCGGCAAACACAUCGUCCCCAACAGACCCCUUCACGUAAACGACGAGCUCGUCUGGGACAACGGCACGCCGUUUCCCGAACCCUGUAUUGAUCGCAUCGCCGACACCGUAGGUAAGUACGAAGCUUUGGCUUGGCUCUGUGGGGGUUUGAGCUUCUUUGCUUCUUUGGGUUUGUUGGCCGUGUGGAACGACAAGGCGUCUAAGAUCCCAUUUGCUCCAAAAGUGUACCCAUACGACAAUCUUCGAGUGGAGCUCGGUGGAGAACCGUAGGUACAUCCAGCGGUUUCUGAUUGUAAUUGUGUGUUUCAGAUUUGUUUUUGAUUUCUGUGUUUGAUAUGCUGGUUCUAAAUAAUGCCUGUAACUGAAACUGAGAUAUUUGGCCUGUUUCAUGAUCUUCAAAACAAAUUGCAAGUCUUGGUUCAUUUAUAUAAACUUCUUUUGAUUUUCAUGUUAA